AUGUGUCUUUGGCUUAUAACGGCCUGUCUAGGCCUAUUGCCCGCGCAACCUGCUCCCCCCAACGUAAUAGUGGUGCAAGGAGUUCCUACUCCCAUUCUUCAGCCUACCACGGCGGCAACAACCGCUGCAACGACGGCGGCACCAAACACUACCACGACCACAACAACCACAACUACUACAACUGCACGACCUGGAAAUAUGACGUCACCCCCACCUCCGCCAUCGACGCCAACCACUACGGUGACAACAGCCGCGCCCACCACCGCAACAACAGCUGCGCCUACAACCACAACAACCACGGCCGCCACCACUGCUGCCCCCACCACAAUAUCCACCGCGGCAACUACAGGUGGAGUGCUUUUAUCAGUUUUACUAUGUGACAAUCCCGACUUGAUUUGUAUAUCUAACCCUGAUGACCCUGCUUCAGGCUCACUCCCCAUAGAUCCCAGGCUCGGCACGACACCGGGAUCCUCUGGAGCGAUACAAGCGCCGCCAAUAUCUGGAUACAGUGGCCAAGUGCCGUCCUACGAUACGGCAGUGAGAUUCCCACGACAGCGGCGGAGUGUACAGCUUACUUUAAAGGAUUUAUACGACAAUUUCCGUAGCGAUGUUACCCGUAGUAACCACAAUAUUCGCAAGAGACAGAGCUGCAGAUGUGUUCCCACCGGCACUUGUGUUCGGACGUCUUCUGGUGCCGGAAUGAUAGACAUAAGAAUUGUCACCCCGGGUUCAACCCAAUGCCCAACUGGGCAAGAAUACUGCUGUGGCAGUACAACCACGAUCGCUUGCGGUACCUUGCAGACUGUGCCAUCCACCGGCGUUACGCCAGCUGCUGGUCAAGCGAACUUUGGAGAAUUUCCUUGGCAGGCUUUAAUCUUGACUUUACAAAAUGAUUACAUUGCCGGUGGCGUUCUGAUAGACCAAAUGAACGUUUUAACAGUCACCCACAGAAUGUUGCCUUACAUUGUUUCAGGAACAGCACCUAAUGUUAAAGUCCGUCUUGGCGAAUGGGACGCGGCGGGGACUUACGAACCUGUACCUUUCCAAGAGUACACGAUACGGAAGGUAUUCAGUCACCCUUCGUACAAUCUUAAUACACUACAGUAUGAUUUGACGGUUCUAAGAUUGAACGCCCCCGUGCCAUUUACUCCGGCAAGUGGGUCCGCGACUACAAUCAACAGAGCCUGUCUACCUCCGAACUCCAAUUCAGUGUACACCGGUAUCAGGUGCAUGGUGUCGGGUUGGGGUAAAGACAUGUUCGGCAUGACGGGACAGUACCAGCAGAUCAUGAAGAAGGUCGAUGUGCCGGUGGUGGCGCCGGCGAAUUGCCAGGCUCAGCUUCAGGCAGCAAGGCUCGGACCUACCUUCGUCCUCGACACCACCUCUUUUGUUUGCGCUGGAGGUGAAGCUAACAAGGAUGCUUGUACCGGUGACGGGGGCUCGGGGUUGGUGUGUCCUGUGAACGGGCAGUGGGUGGUGGUAGGACUGGUGGCGUGGGGUCUGGGCUGCGCCAGCGCCAACGUGUCUGCGGCAUAUGUCAACGUCGCCGGCCUGCUGCCCUGGAUACAGCAGCAAGUUGCUGCGGCUUAGUCAUCUAAGUGACAGCACUCAAAGCAGACUCAUUGCGUACAGAGUCGUUAAGUGGUCUGCCUUAGAGAGAUUUAGUAUGAUAAACCUACACUAAGAGACCGAAAAAUCAGUGCAAUAGUAAGUCAAUGUUUAACGCGUAGACUGCAUAAUUUUGAUGGUCCUAAAGAGUCGUUUAAUUUAAAAGUAUCUAUUUGCCAUAUCGAUUA